CCAGACCAAGCUGAAAAUCGCAUCUGUCACCCGUGGAUAAGUUGUGUUGGUGAAGCCACAACAGCAAGCAUGGAAAUGGAUUUUGUUCAUGAUACAAUAAAGAGUUUAUUAAAUCGCAGUUGUUGACAUAGCAACUGUGUAAGGAGGUGCCACUGCCAUGUCGGCCAUGUUGGAUAAAAAUGGCGGGGGCGGGAUGGGUCACAGCCCCCGCCCAACUUACUCCUCUUACGAUGGGUACACACGCUCAAAUUACUCUUCCCUUAAAGAUGAGAUCAAUCGAUUCUCAGAAGAGAAGAAGAAACAGAUCGAAAUGGAGGAUCCAGAAGUGAACAAGAAGAAAUUAAAGGAGCAACUGGAUGCAGAAAUCAAUAGCAGAGUUCGUGAAGCUCUGGACACUCCACCACUGGAAAGAAUCCAGCGCAAUCGCAACAAAGCUGAUAAAGAAGAUGUUGAUCACAUCUCUCAGCUAAAUGCUCAAAUUAUGAUGGACCUCACAGAUAAAGAAAGAGAUUAUGUAAACUCCAGACAUUGGAGAGAAAUGCAGAAAAGGCGUUUAAAAAACUUGCGCAGGUCUGCAUCAGAGGGGAGUGGGUUUCAGAAAAAGACAUCGCCAAGACUAGAAGGUGAAUUAUCUAGGUCAAAUCAAGACGAUUUUCCAGGUGUACUGGGAUUGGACAGAAUGCCCAAUCAAGCGCCAUCUUUAGGGCGCUGGGCGAGACUGGAAAAUUUUGGCAUUAUGAGCCAACCUCCCAAACCGCCUAAAAUAUUUUCUACUUGCACGCGGGAGGGGUACCUUGAAGCUCUGAGAAAUGGUCGUUUUCCAGAUGGAUCUAAACUGACGUUGUUACACAAUGGGAAAUUUGCAGAUAAAUAUGGCGUGGUGAGGGAUGAGCAUGGACCGUUUUGGCCGCCAGAUUAUGGACCGCUUUUCCCAACACCAAAACAUAUCCUUGCAGUGCCAGCAACCCCUGAAUAUUUGAUGACGGAGAUUAGUGCUUCUCUCAUUGUGCUGUACUGUUUGAAGGGCACAUCUACUGCAAUCAGGGUGGAGCAGGCUUCAAGCUGUUCAACAGAUGGUGUGAUUUUAGAGACAAAUGUAGUCUUCUGUCACAAUAACAAGUCUUGUUUUCUGCAGCUAUCCCCCUCCUCACCAUAA